CCGUCGGGCAUGGAGCCCUGGAGGCAGUGCGCGCAGUGGCUCAUCCACUGCAAGGUGCUGCCCGCCAACCACCGGGUCACCUGGGACUCGGCGCAGGUGUUCGACCUGGCGCAGACCCUCCGCGAUGGAGUCCUGCUCUGCCAGCUGCUCAACAACCUCCGCGCGCACUCCAUCAACCUCAAGGAGAUCAACCUGAGGCCGCAGAUGUCCCAGUUUCUCUGUCUGAAGAACAUAAGGACAUUCCUGACAGCCUGCUGUGAGACAUUUGGCAUGAGAAAGAGUGAACUCUUUGAGGCAUUUGACUUGUUUGAUGUUCGUGACUUUGGAAAGGUUAUAGAAACGUUAUCACGACUUUCUCGCACACCUUUUGCGUUGUCCACAGGAAUCAGGCCCUUCCCCACAGAAGAAAGUGUGGAUGAUGAAGACAUCUACAAAGCCCUUCCUGAUUUAAUAGAUGAAACCCACGUGGACGAUGAAGAAGGACUCUACGACUGUGUUUAUGGGGAAGAUGAGGGUGGAGAAGUCUACGAGGACUUAAUGAAAGCAGAGGAAGCCCAUCAACCGAAAAGUCCAGAAAAUGAUAUACGAACUUGCUGCCUAGCAGAAAUUAAACAGACAGAAGAAAAAUAUACAGAAACUUUGGAAUCAAUAGAAAAAUAUUUCAUGGCACCAUUAAAAAGAUUUCUGACAACGCAAGAGUUUAAUUCAGUAUUCAUCAACAUUCCUGAACUUGUAAAAGUUCAUCGAAACCUAAUGCAAGAGAUCCAUGAUUCCAUUGUAAAUAAAAACAACCAGAACUUGUAUCAAGUUUUCAUUAAUUACAAGGAAAGGUUGGUUAUUUAUGGGAAGUACUGCAGUGACGUGGAAUCGGCCAUCUCUAGUUUAGACAACAUUUCUAAAACAAAAGAAGAUGUCAAACUGAAAUUAGAGGAAUGUUCAAAAAGAGCUAAUAAUGGGAAAUUCACACUUCGAGAUUUGCUUGUGGUUCCUAUGCAGCGUGUUUUAAAGUAUCACCUUCUCCUCCAGGAGCUGGUCAAACAUACCACCGAUCCCUUGGAAAAGGCAAAUCUGAAGUUAGCUCUCGAUGCAAUGAAGGACUUGGCACAAUAUGUGAAUGAAGUGAAAAGAGAUAAUGAGACACUUCGUGAAAUUAAACAGUUUCAGCUAUCUAUAGAAAAUUUGAACCAACCGGUUUUGCACUUUGGAAGACCCCAGGGGGAUGGUGAAAUUAGAAUAACGACUCUGGACAGGCAUACAAAACAGGAAAGGCAUAUCUUCUUAUUUGAUUUGGCAGUGAUUGUAUGUAAAAGGAAAGGUGAUAACUAUGAAAUGAAGGAAAUAAUAGAUCUCCAACAAUACAAAAUAGCCAACAAUCCUACAACUGACAAAGAAAAUAAAAAGUGGUCUUAUGGCUUCUACCUUAUCCAUAUCCAAGGACAAAAUGGAUUAGAAUUUUAUUGCAAAACAAAAGAUUUAAAGAAAAAAUGGCUGGAACAGUUUGAAAUGGCUUUAUCUAAUAUAAGGCCAGACUAUGCAGAUUCCAACUUCCAUGAGUUCAAGAUGCACACCUUUACCCGGGUUUCAUCCUGCAAAGUCUGCCAGAUGCUCCUCAGAGGAACAUUUUAUCAAGGCUAUUUAUGUUUUAAGUGUGGCGCGAGAGUGCACAAAGAAUGUUUGGGAAGAGUAGACAAUUGUGGCAGAGUUAAUCCUGCUGAACAAGGAACCCUCAAACCACCUGAGAAACGGACCAAUGGACUCAGAAGACCCUCCAAACAGGUGGAUACAGGUUUGCCAAAGAUGCAGGUCAUCAGGAAUUAUGUGGGGAUACCACCCCCAGCUCUUCACGAAGGACCCCCAUUACACAUCCAGGCAGGGGACACGGUUGAGCUCCUGAGAGGAGAUGCACACAGUCUGUUUUGGCAGGGUAGAAACUUGGCAUCCGGAGAGGUUGGAUUUUUUCCAAGUGAUGCUGUCAAGCCUUGCCCAUGUGUGCCCAAGCCAGUAGAUUAUUCUUGCCAACCCUGGUAUGCUGGAGCAAUGGAAAGAUUGCAGGCAGAGACUGAACUUAUUAAUAGAGUAAAUAGUACUUACCUUGUGAGGCACAGGACGAAAGAGUCAGGAGAAUAUGCAAUUAGCAUUAAGUAUAAUAAUGAAGCAAAGCACAUCAAGAUUUUAACAAGAGAUGGCUUUUUUCACAUUGCAGAAAAUAGAAAAUUUAAAAGUUUAAUGGAACUUGUGGAGUACUACAAGCAUCAUUCUCUUAAAGAAGGGUUCCGAACCUUAGAUACGACCCUACAAUUUCCAUAUAAGGAGCCAGAACAUUCAGCCACACAGAGGGGUAAUAGAACAGGCAAUUCCUCCCCUUCUUUGUUCUGUGGGUUUUCUUUUGUAACUCCUCCAGACUACAGCUUUGUUCCCCCUUCCUCCACUCCUUUCUGGUCAGUGUUAAGUCCCAAAGUGCUGGGGAUCGCCAUCGCUCGUUAUGACUUCUGUGCAAGAGACAUGCGAGAAUUGUCGCUGCUAAAAGGAGAUGUGGUGAAGAUCUACACAAAGAUGAGUACAAAUGGCUGGUGGAGAGGAGAAGCCAAUGGCCGGGUGGGCUGGUUUCCAUCCACAUACGUGGAAGAGGAUGAAUAAUUCCAACCCAGUGUUGUAUCCUGCACCAGAAAUUUCAGAGAAGGGAUAAGCAGAAGCCUGCAUAGCAUUAUGAAUUAACUGAAGUGUUUAAAAAGCUGCAUUUCUGCCUAUUCAACAUCCUCCCUCCCUCUCCCCUCCUAAGUCUUAAUACUGGAAUUUCUAAAGAUGCUGGUACUGACAGAUUAAUGGCUUGCCUAGAGCUGUGCAAGAAACAGCCUGCCAGUCUGUCAUUGUCAGGGUCUAGGGCAGAGCCAGGAGCUUUUCUUCCCAGAAGAGCCCUGCAAACCUGAAUGCCAUACAUAAAUGUUGAGGCUGUAUUUUCUUUGGUUUCACAUGCCAUUCACCAGAAUUUUUUUAAAAGAUAUAGUUAUUUAUGCAUACAAGAACUGGGGUACAGGCCUGAGGUGUGGGGGGUGAGAGGAUCCACCAGAGACAGAGUGGGGAACAGAACAGGCAGACUGACUGAAAUACACUGCUGAGGGGAGCAGCGGGCGAGACAGGAGAGGUCUGCUUCGUCAUGUGGGUAGCUCCCUGGCAGGGGAUUGAAAUCAUGCUGCAGAGGCUUCAGACAGCUUCACAGGUUGCGUCUUAACCCCUUGCGCCACCAGGGAGGCCAUCACCAGAUUUUUUUUUUUUUUUAUCUUUUAAACAUAUAUUACUAAUUUUUUAUUUUAUUUUAUUUUAUUUUAUUUGUAAUUUUAAUUUUUUAUAUCAUUGUUCAUUUUUAAACAAUGUUCGCUUCCACCCCUCCCCUCAGGUGUCAUCCCUGUAGAAUUUCCUUCACCUGUGCACCAUGCACCAUCACCACAGUCUCCUGUGCUCCUCCCUCUCUAUCUCUGAUCCCUCUCCCUCCUCCUCCCCUGCAGGAUGUCUCUGGUUUAUAAUAGUCUGCUUUUGCUUUGUUGUGUUUUGUACUGUUAUUAUUUUUUCACACUGAUGUCUUAUUUGGUUCCCCUGUAUUCCUGCUAUAAGUGAGACCAUCCGAUAUUUUUCCUUUUCCUUCUGGCUUAUUUCACUGAGCAUAAUUCCUUCCAGCUCCAUCCAUGUUGCUGCAAGUGGCAUGAGUUUAUCUUUUUUGAUUGCUGAAUAAUAUUCCAUUGUGUAUAUAUACCACAUCUUCUUGAUCCGGUCAUCUAUUUUUGGGCAUUUGGGUUGUUUCCCGGUCCUACCUAUUGUAAAUAGUGCUGCAAUAAACAUAGGUGUUCAGGUGUUCUUUUGAGUCAAUGUUUUUGUGUCCUUUGGGUAGAUCCCUAGGAGUGAAUUGCCAGGUCAUAUGGUAGCUCCAUUUAUAGUAGACUGAGGAACCUCCAGACAGCUUUCCAUACUGGUUGGUCCAGUUUGCACUCCCACCAGCAAUGUAGAAGAGAGAGUUCCUUUUUUACCACAUCCUCGCCAACAUUUGUUGUUGUUAGUAUUUUUGAUAUGUGCCAUUCUUACUGGUGUAAGGUGAUAUCUCAAUGUGGUUUUGAUUUGCAUUUCCCUGAUGAUAAGGGAUGUUGAGCAUUUUUUCAUAUGCCUGUUGGCCAUUUGCAUUUCCUCUUUGGAGAAAUGUCUUAAGUUCUUCUACCCAUUUCUUGACUGGAUUGUUUUCUUUGUUUUUUGUUGAGUCCUGUGAGUUCUUUGUAUAUCUUUGUGAUCAGUCCCUAAUCAGUUGUAUGGAAUGCAUAAAUUUUUUUUAAAGAUUUAUUUAUUUAUACAUAUAAGAAUUGGGGUACAGGCCAGAGGUGUGGGGGGUGAGGGGAUUUACCAGAGACCGAGGAAAAGAACAGACAGAUUGACUGAAAUACACUGCUGAGGGGAGCAGCAGGUGAGUCAGGAGAGGUCUGCUGUGCCAUGUGGGUAGCUCCUUGGCCUGGCAGGGAUAGAACUUGUGCUGCAGUGGCCGUGGCUAGCUUCAUAAAUUGUGACUUAACCCUUUGUGCCACCAGGGAGGCCCGAGUGCAAAAAUAUUUUCCCAAUCAGUAGGGUGUCUCUUUGUUUUGGUUAAUGUCUCUUUUGCUGUACAGAAGCUUUUCAGUUUGGUGUAAUUCGAGCUGUUUAUCUUUUCCUUGACUUUCUUUGCUUUGGGUGAUGACUCUUUAAAGAUAUUACUGAAAUGUAUGUCUUGUAGUGUUUUACCCAUAUUUUUUUCUAUAUAUUUUAUGGUUUCAUGUCUUAUGUCCAGUUCUUUUAUCCAUUUUGAGUUGAUUUUUGUGCAUGGUAAAAGGUAGUGGUCUAGUUUCAUUCUUUUGCAUGUGGUAGUCCAGUUUUCCCAGCACCAUUUAUUGAACAAACUGUCCAUUGCAUAUUCUUUGCUCCUUUGUCAAAGAUUAGUUGUUCAUAUACAUGUGGCUUUACUUCUGGGCUCUCUAUUUGGUUCCAUUGGUCUGUGUGUCUGUGUUGUUCCAAUACCAAACUGUUUUAAUUAUUAUAGCUUUGUAGUAUAGCUUAAAGUUUGGAAGUGUGAUACCUCCAUUCUCAUUUGUUUUUGUCAGUAGGGCUUUGGCUAUUCAUGUUUUGUUUUUUUUUUUUUUUUGUGGUUCCAUAUGAAUUUCAUCAGUAUUUGUUCUAUUUCUUUCAAGAAUGUCAUUGAGAUUUUUAUUGGAAUAGCAUUGAGUCUGUAAAUUGCUUUUGGUAGGAUGGCCAUUUUACUAAUGUUAAUUCUUCCAAUCCAUGAGCAGGGGAUGUCUUUCCAUUUCUUUGUGUCUUUCUUUUAUUUCUUUUAACAGUGUUUUAUAAUUUUCUUUGUAUAGGUCCUUCACCUCUUUUGUUAGGUUUAUUCCCAAGUAUUUGAUUUUUUUGUUUCAAUUAUAAAAGGGAUGGUUUUCUUGAUUUCUUCUUCUUUGGAUUGAUUGAUUGUGUACAGGAAGGCUACUGAUUGUUGUGUGUUGAUUUGGUAUCCUGCUACUUUACUAAACAGGUUGAUUAUUUUGAGUAGUUUUUCUGUGGAGUUUUUAGUAUUCUCUAAGUAUAUUAUCAUAUUGUCUGCAAAUAGUGAUAGUUUACUUCUUCUUUCCCUAUUUGGAUUCCUUGUAUGUCUUUCUCUUGUCUUAUUGCUCUGGCUAGGACCUCCAAUAUUAUAUUGCAGAGCAAUCCUCACCAGAAUUUUUGAUGCUACAAAAAAUCAGUUUAAUUUUCCCCAUGUGAAGAAAAAAUCAAGUUCUUCCAUUUGGACAGCUGACAGGGAAGGUCCAGCAUUAUGUGUCUUAAAUUGCUCCCAAAAUUACUCAUUGCCUGGCAAACAUUUUCACUCCCAGAUCUUACUCAUGAUAAAAUAUAAGAGGCAAAUGCUCAGGUUUGCUUCAUCAGGGAUAUAUCCCUGAGGGGUUUUAAUUAUUCAUGUGAUAUCCUGAUUAUAUUGACAAGCUUCUUUAUAAAAAAGAAAAAAAUCAUGCAUAAAAGAAAGUGUCCACAUGUUAAAUCUUCACAAUAGUCAUGAUACGAUAGGGUUUUUUUUUUUUAUAAGAUUUAUAUAUGCAUACAAGAAAUGGGGUACAGGCCAGAGGUGUGGGGGUGAUAGGAUUCACCAGAGACAGAAUGGGGAGCAGAAUAGGUGGAUUGACUGAAAUACACUGCUGAGGAGAGCUGCGGGCAAGUCAGGAAAGGUUUGCUGCACCAUGUGGAUUACCUCCCUGGCCAGGGAUCAAACUUGUGCUGCAGUGGCUGCAGUUAGCUUCAUAGUGCUGUGUCUUAACCCUUUGUGCCACCAGGGAGGCCCCUGAUUCCAUAGGGUUGUUUGAGAAAAGUAGUACUUCACUUUCUGAAGCAUCUCGGCAGGGUUUCUUCUAGAUAGUUGCAAGUAACCUGAGUAAGGUAGCAUUGAUUACAGAAAUGGAUCAAGGGCUAGAGCUGGCAGUAAGUGAUUUUAUAGAAGCAACAUCAAUUAACACAUGCCUCUUCUUCCUUCUCUCUCUCCCUCACAGAAGACCUGGGAAUCAGAAAUGUGUUCUGAUUCAUAAGUUUUCCUAGAGCAAUUACAGCAGUGCAGACAACUUUCCAUUUUUUCAAAUUUAUAUAUUUUUUACAUCAUUUUUCAUUGCACAAUGUAUGCAUUUUCAUCUUGCUUAUAGUCCCCAUAAAAUUCCCACCACCCUUGUUUUGAUCCUACUUCCUUCUCCCUCCCCCCCCCCCCGUAGUAUGUCUCUUGUUUAUAGUUCCCUGUUGAUUUUGAUUUUUACUUUAUUAUAAUUAGUUUUUUUCCUGAUCCAUUAUUUGGGUCUUCGAAAUUCCUGCUAUAAGUGAGACCAGCCAGUAUUUUUCUUUUUCUUUCUGGCUUAUUUAGCUGAGCAUGAUCCCUUCCAGCUCCAUUCAUGUUACUACAAAUGAUGUGAGUUUAUCUUUUUGGAUUGCUGAGUAAUAUUCCAUUGUGUAUAUGUACCACAUCUUGUUGAUCCAGUCAUCUAAUUUUGGGCAUUGGGUUGUUUCCAUAUCUUACCUGUUGUAUACAGUGCUGCAAUAAACAUAGGAGUGCAGGUGUCCUUUUGAAUUUAUGGUUUUGUGUCCUUUGGGUAAAUACCUAGGAGUGAAAUUGCUGGAUCAUAUGGAAGCUCUAUUUUUAGCAGAUUGAGGAACCUCCACACAGCUUUCCAAAGUGGUUGGACCACUUUGCACUCCCACCAGCAGUGCGGAAGAGUUCCUUUUUCUCCACAUCCUCACCAAUAUUUCUUGUUGCUAGUUUUAAUAUGUGCCAUUCUCACUGGUGUGAGAUGGCAUCUCAUUGUAGUUUUGAUUUGCAUUUCCCUGAUUACAAGUGAUUUUGAACAUUUUUUCAUAUGCCUGUUGGCCAUUAGCAUUUCCUCUUUGGAGAAAUUUCUUUUUAGCUUGUCUGCCCAUUUUUGGACUGGGUUAUUUAUUUUUGUUGAGUCUCGUCAGCUCUUUGUAGAUUUUUGUGAUCAGUCCCUUAUCAUUAGUGUUGUGUGCAAAAAUUUUUUCCCAGUUGGUGGGGUGUCUCUUUGUUUUGGUUAAUGACUCUUUUGCUGUACAGAAGCUCUUUAAUUUGAUGUUGUGCCAGCUGUUUAUCUUUGCCUUCACUGUCACUGCUGUGGGUGAUGUGUCUUUAAAGAUGUUACUGAGGUGUAUAUCAUGUAGUGUUUUGCCUACAUGUUCUUCUAUAUAUUUUAUAGUUUCAGUUCUUAUGUCUAGUUCUUUAACCCACUUUGAGUUGGUUUUUUGCAUGGUGUGAGGUAAUAGUCAAGCUUCAUUCUUUUGCAUGUGGUGGCCCAGUUUUCCCAGCACCAUUUAUUGAACAAACAUUCUUUGCUCCAUUGUGUAUUCUUUGCUCCUUUGUCAAAGAUUAGUUGACCGUAAAUCUGUGGGUUUAUUUCUGGGUUUUCUAUUCAGUUCCAUUGGUCUGUGUGGCAGACAACUUUCUUAAGGAUUUUGGAAGGUGAGCACAGCUGGGACAGAAGUGUUUCUAGCCUGUUCUGGUCUUCCCCGUGGACUCCAAGUCCUUCUUACUGAGGAUCUUCCCAAGAGCAGGACCUUUUUUCUGGGUGUAUAUGAACUGGCUGAAAGAUCAUCGCUGCAUUUAUUUGACCAAGUCUUCUUUUUCCUUCCCUUAGACUCCUGAGAGGAGUCUCAAUAUGCUCUUCCUGGGGCCCACCAAGUGCCCUGUCAAGACAGUCAAGUUAAGACACUAACUUGGCCUUUUCCUCAUGAAGUAUGCUCUCCAUGCCAGCAGUCAUGUUCUGACAAGGUUCAGAGAAUGUUUCAUGUUUGACAAGAGGGCAUUAAAGCAUUAACUUGAUAGAACCCAACUGGGAACAUUUAGUUCUGACAUUUCAGAUCAUCUCUCCAAUGUGGUAGGCGUAGCCUGCCCUCUCCCCAUGCCAGAACUUGACAUUCAGUGUGCACAUACCCUCUUAGAGACCCUCGUGGGAUCAGAAUUCUCAAAUAGCAUAGAUUCAGAACCUUUACCUCAGAAUUAUGUAAACUGUGAUUGUGCUUUAGAAAAAUUAUCAAUUACUAAAACUAGUUAAGUUUUUGUAUAUGUGUAUAUGAUCAUGAAGAUGAAUUGUAUAAAUGUUGUGUACAGUAAAGUUAUACCCUCAAGGUGUACUCUUGGAGUGGAGUCUUUGCUAAAAAGUCUUAUCUGCAACCCUGCAUCUUGGGAAUGUCCUGUCUGUCAUUGUCAGCUGAGUGUUGUUACAGAAAGGGCAGGGCACACACAUUGGAGUGUUCCUGUGUGCAGUGUUGUGGUGCAUACUGUGUUUCUUACUUUAUCCAGUACAAUUCCUUCUUCACAAAUGGUGUUUGGUCUGCCUGUUGCAUUUCAUGACCUGAGGGUUUCCCAGCAGAGGAUACUAGAGCCCCUCUUCACAACAUUACCAAUUACAUUUUUUUAAAGAUUUUUAUUUAUGCAUAUAAGAGCUGGGGAAUAAGUCAGAGAUGUGGGGAGUGAGAGGAUUCACCAGAUACAGAGGGGGGAGCAGAACAGGCAGAUCUACUGAAAUACACUUAUGAGGGGAGCAGGGGGUGAGACAGGAGCAGUCUGUUGCAUCAUGUGGGUCAUCUCCCUGGCCGGGGAUCGAACUCAUACUUCAGUGGUUGCGGAUAGCUUCAGAGUGCUGCAUCUUAACCCCUUGUGCCACCAGGGAGGCCCCACCAGUUACAUUUUUGUCUCUGUUUAAUACUUUGUAAUGAAGAUUUUGAAUGCUGCGGGUUUAUGUAGAUUCUAAUACCAAAGACAGAAGUAAAUGUUUAUUUCACAUACUUUGUCUUGCCUGUAUGCAGUCUUUGUGUAAUAUGGUGAAUUAGAGUGGUAUUUCACUCUGUAACAUUUUGUAUUUAUGUCAAUACAAUAAAUAGUUAAUACUUGAUUAAACUGAUUUUUCCAGAUUGAAGAGUCUUUCCAUUGAGCAGUU